AUGAUACUGUCAUCACUUCUCAACAACUCAUUUAGACAACAUGGCAACAAGAUUGUAAAGUCAUUUGAAUACAUGACACGUGUCUCAUUGACUGGAUCACAACAUCAUGCUCGAUAUAUUACAUCAUCAUCAUCAACAACAUCAAAUAUAUACAGAACAACACAUGGACAGACACUAUUAUAUACACAGCAACAACAGAAACAGACUCAACCAUUCAAUAGUGGGAGACGAUGCAGUUGCCUUGGAUCUCGACACUUCUGCACCGACUCAACAACAACACAUAAAUCAAUCAAUGAUCAAGUGGAGGCUUUAAAGAAACAACAACAACAGCAAGAACAACAGAAAGAUCAACAACAUAGUGUCAAGGUAUCAAGCGAGCCAACACCUGCAGAGGUGGACAUUCACAACAAAGACGAAACAGAGGUGGAGCAACAAGUCAAUAGUCAAGGUGUUCGAAUUGAGCCUCAGUAUUAUAUAGAGUUCACAUGUACGCACCAACCGCAUGGCGCGAGCGAGGAGUGUGGCUUCCGAUCCAAGAAGACAUUCUCCAAGCAUUCCUAUCACAAGGGAGUGGUCAUCAUCCGAUGCGAAGGCUGUAAGAAGUAUCAUUUGAUUGCCGACCAUCUAGGAUGGACAGGUUAUGGUGGAGGAAAGACCAUCGAGGAUUUCAUGGCUGAGAAGGGCGACACUGUCAAGAGAUACAUGGUGGAGAAGGAUGAUGAAGUGGAGCCAUCAAACAAAGACAGCCCAAUCAAGUCGAUCAGUGGAAACAACAAUGAAAACAACAAGAAAUAG